AUGCCAUUGAAGAAGAAUAAAUCAAAAGAAAAAAUUUCUAAACCGACGAAAAAAAAUCAAUAUAAAUAUAUACUUUUACGUGACACAGAUACUAAAAUCGAAUCAAUAGUUGAUUACAGUAGUGUUUCAAAUAGUAAGAAUACGAGAAUUGAGGUGGGCAUUGAAGUUAUUUACGUGAAAACAGAUCAAAGUCGUGGUCAUGGCACUAUACUUAUUAUCGGUUCUAAAGAAGAAUGUCAAGAGUUAUUUGUUGCAUUGGAAAAACAAAAAGCAACCAAUGUUAACAAUGAUAGUGGAUCACAACUCCUGGUCGAUGAUCGUGAAGAGAAAUCAGAGUCUGAAGAAGAAAAUGAAGAAGAGUCGACAAAUAAAAAACAAAAUGAAGUAAUUGUGAUCGAUCAUGUCGAUAAUAGUAAUACUAAAAAUAAAACUACUGUUUCAAAUGAAUCACCUUCUCAAAAAAAUAAACGGCCUUUACCACUUACAAAUAAAGAUUCAAAUACAAAUGAUGAAAAUUCAUCUGUUUCCAAACGUUUAAAGUCUGAAGAUGAUGCUGAUGAGUAUAUACAUGCUCGUAUGAUGGUUUUACAAGAAAAAAAUGAAAAAUUGAAAAAACAAAUCACUGAAAUGGAAAACAAUUGGAUGCGGUAUGGAAGACUAAUGCAUCCAGCUGAAAGUUUAAAAUUUACAGAUGGUGAAUUAAAUAAUGCUAUGGGUAGUGAUUUUUAUCAACGUGAUCGUGGUCUUAAACAACAAAAUGAAGAACCUAUGAAAAAUACCGAUCAUGAUACAGAUAGUAGCGAAGAUGAUUAUUAA